UCAAGAAAGAUGACACAGAGCCUGUCGGGCCCGCGCACUCUUGGCAAAGUUUCAGUGCGACGAGAGGCGCCGGGCGUUCCAUGGCCGCGCCGUAACGGGGACCCAGCCGCCUCCCCGCCCAGCCCAGCCCAGCCCUUCUGCCCUCCCAGGAUGGAGGCGCCCGCCAGCGCGCAGACCCCGCACCCGCACGAGCCCAUCAGCUUCGGCAUAGACCAGAUCCUCAACAGCCCCGACCAGGACAGCGCUCCAGCCCCGCGGGGCCCCGACGGCGCCAGCUACCUGGGAGGGCCCCCCGGGGGCCGUCCGGGCGCCGCAUACCCGUCUCUGCCUGCCUCCUUUGCCGGCCUCGGCGCGCCCUUCGAGGACGCGGGAUCUUACAGUGUCAACCUGAGCCUGGCUCCAGCAGGCGUAAUCCGGGUGCCAGCACACAGGCCGCUGCCCGGGGCCGUGCCGCCGCCUCUGCCUAGCGCGCUGCCCGCCAUGCCCUCCGUGCCCACGGUCUCCAGCCUGGGCGGCCUCAAUUUCCCCUGGAUGGAGAGCAGUCGCCGCUUCGUGAAAGACCGCUUCACAGCGGCGGCGGCGCUCACGCCCUUCACAGUGACCAGGCGCAUCGGCCACCCCUACCAGAACAGGACGCCGCCCAAGCGUAAGAAGCCGCGCACGUCCUUUUCUCGGGUGCAGAUCUGCGAGCUGGAAAAGCGGUUCCAUCGCCAGAAGUACCUGGCCUCGGCCGAGAGGGCGGCGCUCGCUAAGUCCCUCAAAAUGACGGACGCGCAGGUCAAGACCUGGUUCCAAAACCGGAGGACCAAAUGGCGGCGGCAGACGGCGGAGGAGCGGGAGGCGGAGCGGCAGCAGGCGAGCCGGCUCAUGCUGCAGCUGCAACACGACGCCUUCCAAAAGAGCCUCAACGACUCCAUCCAGCCCGACCCGCUCUGUCUGCACAACUCGUCGCUCUUCGCUCUGCAGAAUCUGCAGCCCUGGGAGGAAGAUAGCUCCAAAGUCCCCGCCGUCACCUCUCUGGUGUGAGCCACCGGGGCGCACCGUCGCCAAGGAUCGCUGCCCCCAUCCGGCAUGGCGUCCCGGGCCCCCAGCCGGGCUGGGGGGGGGGACCGAGGCCGAGAGGGGAAGGGGUCGCUGAGCUCGAGUAGGCCCCGGGGCGCCGCCGCAUCCCCGCAGGCCGCGGAGGGAGGCUUGGCCCGGGCUCCGCGCGGCUGCACAAUCCGAGACCCCGCUCCGCUCCCAGUCCCGCCCCAGGCCCGGGCCUGACAAAGAAAGCGCCUUACGUUUCUCCGCCCCUCGCCCGCACCCCCGGGCCGGGCGCCUGUAUUAUACUUUGUACUUUUGCCCAAACGUGUAAAUAAUAAAAGUUUUGGCUUUUUUCUUUAGAAACCCGCCACCUGCUUCCCCUGCGGGAGCCUCUGUGGGAGGGGCAGCCGACCAGGUGGUUGGGGAAAGCGCCAGGGGCUGGGGCACCCUGCAUUUAGGCUGGGUCCACUCCUCUCCUUUUCCGUUCCUUUUAUUUAAGUCGUUUUAUUUAAUAAAAAAGUUAGCUAUUUCACUUAACGCCGCUUUUAUUUCGUUUUCGUUCCAAAAAUGCUCGGCGACCUCCGGCCCUGUGCCCCACCCCUACGGCGCUAGAGGCCGAGCCGCGGCGUUCGGGGGUAAGUCCACUUCUCCAAGCUUCUUCUCUAUUCGCUUCAGCUCGAACCCCGGACCGGGGCCCCGCGGAGGACCCGCGGUGCAGGUCAGUGCGUGCCGGCCGCCUGCAGUCUGGGUGCCGCGGGCUGGGGUGGAGGUCGGCAGGGCACUCUCAGCCAGGAGGUCGCACACCAGCGCCUGGCAGAGUUGGGAGCUGAAAGGCCCCGCCUA